AUGAAAACAGAGAAAGUUAAAGCAAUGGGAGUCUACAAUCUUCUUCAAAUCAUGGUGAAAAUUUUUCGAUUCACAGAGGUUUUAGUGGCAAUGGGUUUUCUCUUCUGGACAUUUAGCCGCCUCCCUUUGGUCCUCAGAGUUUCGAAGGAUUACAUUUCUCAAAUCUCCAACUAUUUCACAGGCCCUGUUUUCGGCUUCAUACUCUGCAACACCAUCAUCGUCGCUUUAAUUGCCAAACCCCACUUCUCUGGCGGAAAAAUCAGCAGUGACAAUGUCGAAACCGAGCUCUUUAACGAACUGGUAAAAGACGGCGCCGAUAGGUCUCUGUCUUUGCCUGGGAGUGAGCCAAUUGGGCGGCUCUGCUCUGAUUCAGGGCAAGAAGAGAUCGCCUACGAAGACAAGGAGGUAAUUUCUGAGGUGAGAUCGAUGAAGGCGGCGAUCUUUACCGAAAAAAGGGACGAUUUCGGUUCGGAAUCGGAGAAAUUGAAGCUAGCAUGGAUGGAAUUCAGUGGAGGAGAGUUCCGACGGCUAGAAGCAGAGGAGGAAGCGAUUUGGGGAGGUGGGUUUUCGCCGGAAAGUGUAUGGCACGGCGAGGAGCUGAGCAAUAAGGAAUUUCAGCGAAGGAUCGACGCGUUCAUUGCAAGAGAGUUGAGGUUUCGCUGGGAAGAAUCCGGAGCCGUUAUCCUCCGAAGUUAA